AAUUCGAGCGCCUCGAGCUUAGUUUUCAACGAGCCGUCUUCGUGGAAGGACGAUGCGAACUUGGUCGAAAUGAAAGAAAUAUUAAUCCUUUUCCUGUUUGCUCCAUGCAUGACCCACUGCUUCCAAGUUUCAGGAUACGAUGAGGUCUUUCGCAUCGCUUUGGAUCACAACAAUUCCGUCACGUUAAACUGGGCUCUGGAUUACACGAAGAAAAUUGUAUGGUUCGAGGUUCAUUUACCAAAUGACUUUAGUUGGUUCGCUCUGGGCUUCUCCGACAGAGGAGAUCCGUAUCCCGGAGAUUAUUGCGUCCUCUGGAAGGAUUGGAAGGAAAAGUUUCAUUUGGAAGACACUUGGGCCGAGGCGGAUGGGGUGUUGAGGUUGGACGCGCAUCAGGAUUGCAAGAAUUUCCACAUCAAGGAAGACGAGCACGAAGUGAUCAAGUUGCUUUUCUCACGAGAUUUCGACACUUGCGAUGAGCAAGAUUAUAUUAUUCAGGAUGGCACCGUUCAUCUCAUUUGGUCUAAAGGCAUGGAAAAUUUGCACCAUGUGAAGGGAUUCAACAUAAGCAGCACUGAUUCCGGUAUGACGAGGACACAGCUGCUUAAGAACACCGCUAUACCGAAGAAACAAUUCUCGAAGGACGUCAAGAAACUUCCCAUUCUUGCAGAUAAAGUCAACGUUCCUGAUGACGAGACAACUUACUGGUGUCACGUACAUAAACUUCCGGAUGAAUUCAAACAGAAACAUCAUAUUCUCCAGUAUGAGCCUUCCAUCGAGGAAACUAGUCAGGGUUUGGUACACCACAUGGAAGUGUUCCACUGCGUAGCGCCUCCAGAUCAGGAAUUUCCUCAAUAUAAGGGUUCGUGUUUUGCUGCGGAUAGACCAGAAAGCACGCAACUCUGCAAAAGGGUUCUCGCUGCAUGGGCAAUGGGCGCGAAAGCUUUCACAUACCCCGAUGAAGCUGCUUUGCCGAUUGGAGGUCCUACUUUCAACAGGUACAUCAUGCUCGAAGUUCAUUACAACAAUCCUCAAAGGCAUAACGGUAUUGUGGAUAGUUCAGGAAUCAUAUUCAGUAUAACUUCAAAGUUGAGACAGAUGGAUGCUGGCGUUAUAGAACUUGGUCUUGAGUACACGGACAAAAUGGCAAUUCCUCCAAAGAUGGACUCGUUCUCUUUAAGCGGAUAUUGCGUUAGCGAAUGCACAGCAGUGAGUCUUCCACCUGAAGGUAUUACCAUUUUCGGAUCGCAGUUGCAUACCCAUCUGACAGGUAUAAAGGUCGUGACUAGGCACAUCAGAGAUGGCAUCGAGUUACCGGAGAUCAACAGGGAUGAUCACUACAGCACUCAUUUCCAGGAAAUCAGAAGGCUGAAGAGGACUGUCAAAGUUCUACCGGGUGAUGCUCUUAUAACAACAUGCUAUUACGGUACCAAAGAAAGGAGUAACAUGACGUUGGGUGGUUUUUCCAUAAGCGACGAGAUGUGCGUCAACUACGUGCAUUAUUUUCCUGCGAUCAGUCUGGAAGUCUGUAAGAGCGCCAUCAGCGAUCAAGCGUUGAAGACGUACUUUCAGUACAUGAGAGAAUGGGAAAAUCAGGAUACCGCAAAAACAGCCAUCUCCGACAAUUACCAGGCCAUUGAGUGGAACAGGAUGCGUGUGCAACUUCUUCGGGACGUUUACGGGGAGGCCCCGUUGAGCAUGCAAUGCAACAUGUCCAGCGGAGACAGAUUCCCCGGUUACUGGGAGAAUACACCUCUGACACCUAUAUUGAGACCGUUGCCUCCGCCCGUACGCCAAUGCUUACAGUAAAGUGUAGAAAUAUAAUGAAAUAUAGUCAAAAGUAGUUAACAGAGCAAACGAUUCUUUAAUUUCAAUCAUCAACUGAU